AUGCUCUCAACCUUAUGGAACAAGGAGUCUAUCUAUGCGGAUAAUGCUGAAAAGUUCUCAAAUUCUCAGGCAUUAGGUGGUCAUCAGAAUGCACAUAAGAAGGAACGGCAAAGAGCAAAGCGGACCCACUACGAUCAUCAUCGACGGUUAGGAGUUACUGUUCCGAUAAUCAAUCCACACGCUUCUCGUUUAGGGCCGCUCAUUAGUCCAGGCGCACCUACAAGUGCAUAUGGUGCAAGGUUCCAUGCACCAGGUGAUAACUUUGUACAUGUACCUCCUCAAGUUUUAUCAGGAGUACCCAUGAGAUACCCUGGUGGUGGUGGUGGUGGAUUUCAUAUUGAACGCCCGCGCCAGGCAGCCCUUGAUGGAAUUCGGGAUAAUCGAGGAACUUCUAAAUCAGCAAGCUUGACAGAUAUAUGUGAUGGUGUGGAUGUUGAUCUCCAUCUUUGA